GCGACCAUUGCUCUCUAGUGGGUUUAGGGUUCGCGAUGGACGCGUCGAGGAGCAAGGACAGCUUGCGCGCGGCCGGGAAGAAGCGGCUGGAGGAAUUUCGAUUGAAGCGACAGCAGCAGCGAGUGGAAUCGAAGAAUGCGGACGCUGCUGUUGCCGCUACUGGCGAGGAGUCUGGAUCGGCGAUCAAGGAUGAGAGCGGCACUGUCCAGAACGAGAACGAAGAACCCGAAAUUCUCGACUCACAAAAUCUGGAUCGAUUGGAGCCUGUACAAAAGGAUUCUACCUCCAUGGAUUUACAAAGUCAGGAUGUAUUGGAACACGGCCGAUCGCAUGAGAUGUUGGAAAAGCUGCACGAAGAUAUACGGGUUGCAAAGCAGGAAAAGGAACAGGUUCUUGCCGAACGAAACAGUCUCUCGCUGAAAGUUGAGGAACUGGACACGCGGCUUCGGUCCGUUCUUUUGGAUGAAGAGAAGAAGCUACGUGCAAUGACGGUGCAGCUCGAGAGCUGUGUCUCGGAAAAAACAGGCCUGGAUUCAGCUCUUGCUUCGUCACGUCAGGAAGCUGAAGAAGCUAUGCAGAGAACUGUCGCUGAGUUCGAGCGGCUAAUCUCUCUCCUAGGAAGCGAGGCAGCCGACAUAGAAGAAGUUCAGACUAGUUCGCUGUCGGGCAGCGUCUUGGACAAUGUCAGGAUGAUCAAAGAGGGGACAAAAGAGAAGGAGAGGGAACUACAGGACUUAAGAGUUCGAGUGGAAGAGCUAGAAGGGGAGAAAGGCGUGGUAGAAUCAAGCCUGUCUGCUUCUGCGGAAGAACUGGCGAGAUUGAAAACCCAGGUCGCUAGUGAACGUGAGGAGCACAGAGAGGUGAUCGCAGCCAAAAAUCUGGCCAUUGAGGAGGACAUGGUGAGACUUCGUAGUCGUGAACAGGAGGUUCUCAGGGUAACAGAGGAAAGAGAUUCUCUGUCGGCGGAGCUUGCAGCACUGUCUCAAAAAGUUGACGAGCUCGAUGGUUGUCGAUUUGAGAUGCAAGAUCUGGAAGCCAGCAUCCAGCAUCUGAGGCAGGAGCUAAACGAUGCCGAGAAACGGGAAGGAGAAAGCCUUCGUGAGCUUCAAUCCGUUAAAGCUCAGCUCGAUCAACUGAAGAUAGACAAUGAAACGAAGCUCGACCAACGUGACAAGGAGAUCGGUCGACUAGGAGAUGAGAAAGCUCGUUUCUUGGAUCAACUGACGGUACUGGACAAGGAAGCAAGAGCUCGUCAGAUGGAAAUGGUAGCAGACUGCCAGGAUUUGAAGCAACAGCUGGAGAAUGCUAGAAAGAGGGAAAAAGAUGUCGUAGCCAAGCUUGAAUCGUUGGAAAAUCAGCUGCGACAGGAAAAACAACGUGUUGAGAACACGGAGGAGCAGGAAAAACUUAGUCGGGAAAAGGGAGAUGUGCUAGCAGCGGAGAAUUCUCGUCUUGUAGAUCAGCUUACAUCUCUAUCGCAGGAGUUAAAACAACAGCUGGGGGAUGCUAAAAAGAGGGAAGAAGAUGUCGUAGCCAAGCUUGAAUCGUUGGAAAAUCAGCUGCGACAGGAAAAACAACGUGUUGAGAGCACGGAGGAGCAGGAAAAACUUAGUCGGGAAAAGGGAGAUGCGCUAGCAGCGGAGAGUUCUCGUCUUGUAUAUCAGCUUACAUCUCUAUCGCAGGAGUUAAAACAGCAGCUGGAGGAUGCUAAAAAGAGGGAAGAAGAUCUUGUAGCCAAGCUUGAAUCCUUGGAAAGUCAGCUGCAACACGAAAAACAACGUGUUGAGAGCACGGAGGAGCAGGAAAAAAUUAUUCGGGGAAAGGUUGAUGCGCUAGUUGCGGAGAAUUCUCGUCUCUUGGAUCAGCUUACAUCUCUGCAAGAUCUCAAGGUUGGUGAAGCUGAACUUCGGACUACGCAUGUUACGUUGGAAGAAUCACAGAAGGAGAUGACGGUAGAACUCGAAGCUUUGAAAGAUCAGCUCCUGGCGCUUCAGAAGUCUUCAAGCAAAGAACUUACGGCCAAGUCUGAUAUGAUAGAAGACCUGAGGAAACGUGUGGAGGACCUGCAAGACGAAAACUCAGGUUUAAAAUCUUCAUACGAAAACAGAAGCAGGUUUCUUGAAGAGCAGAUUCGGAGUCUGGAACAACAACUUGACAACUCCAGUGAGAAGGAAGCUCUUGGCAAGGACGUCUUGGAAUCUAGACUUCAUAUAGCAUUUGGAAGGCUUGGACGGCUUGAGGACGGCUACCUGGACACUUUAUGCACUUUGGAUAGUCGGUUGACUUCUCACGAGGAAAAGUUUGUCCGCGAGCUAGAGGAGUUGGCUUCUUUGCAUGAGACGUAUGCCGAACGAUUAGACGAGGACAACUUGAAGCUACAGUCAGGUUUUGGCUUGUUGGAGAAGAAGCUUGCGGAUCAGACCGAGAACGUGAAAAGAUUGGUGGCGAAUGUGAUUGAAGACUCUGGCGAAAACACCUCCGUGGAAACUUGUGUUCUUGCACUGAUCGACAUGGUUAAGAAGAGUGAAGAGGAGCUACAAAGGCUCCGUUCACAGCAAAUCGAUCUCAACGAAGAACUUACUUCUUUGCGACUCGAACAGCAGUCGGACGUGGUGACAGCAAAUCAGACUAAAGCGGAAGUCACUCGUUUGCUGGAACGAGAACAGAGUCUAUUGGACGAGCUUUCUCAAGCCAAUCUACUUGGUGAACAGCUGCGACUCCAACUAGAAACGUGCCAGGAAGAAGCGAAGAAUAAGUUUGACGAGCUUUCGAAAGAAUGUGGUGAAUUGAGACGGCGAGUCGCCAAUCUUGACGAGACACUUACUUCUGUGAAACUGGAGCGAGACUUCGCCGCUCAGUCGAUGGCCAAACAAGAGGCCGAGAUACUUGAGACAGUACGGGUCAUGCAGGAGGAUCUUGCUACCGCGAACUUAGUUCGAGAGCAGCUCCAGUUCCAGCUAGAGAAGUCCAAAGAAGUGGCUCUUAGGGCGGAAAAAGACGCACAGAUUGCUGCAAGCAGCGGUAAGCGGCAUACUGAGGAACGCGACGCGUUGAAGCAGACAGUGGCUGAUCUGGAAGUUUCUUGUUCGGCAUGCAAGCAGCAGCUAGCUGAUUGCGAAAAGCAGCAAAAGUUACUCAUAACGUCUUGCGAGGAAAAGAACGCUUGCAUACAGAAAAUAGGGGACAUCAUUUCCACCGCUUGGAUCGUCCCGGUGGACUUCGAAAAACUUAACCCUGCCGUAAAGGGGAACUUGUUCGCUGGCGAGUUCUUACAGACUCGAGAACGCGCAUCGGGUGCAGAGACAGAGGUGAUGAAAUCGAAAGAGAAGAUUGCGCUUCUGAAGGAAGAGCUGAAAAGCCUAACGUUGGAGAAGGACAAUGCACUUCAAACUUUGGAAACGUCAAGAUCAGAAUACAGCAAGCUCGAGAGAAUCCUUUCUCAAGAAAAAACGGACCGGCAGUCGAUGGAAAUGAAGGUUGGCGAAUUUGAAGCGAAGCUGCAUGGCUUGCGGGUGAGGCUGUCAAGCGUUUUGUUGGACGAGAUGGCCACGAGCACUACUGCAGAAAGUGAGGAAUUUACGGAACUCGAUCACUGCGUCAGCACUCUCAUUGCUACGCUCGCUGCGAGCGUUAAGACGAACGAGGAACUUCUACUGCAGCAGAAACUUUUGGAGGACUCAAAGUUGGAGCUGCAAGCUGAGCUUUCGAGCAGAACAGAGGAGAUGAAGAACUUACAAGACCAAAAGAACCACGUAGUUCUCGAAGUGAAGCAGAUAAAAGAGGAGCUGGAUUCUGCAAUGGAUCGUUUCCAGCGAGGGAUGGCGGAAUCAGAGCAAAGACUGGCAACAGUGAGAGAAAAGCUGGGCCUCGCGGUUAAGAAAGGGAAAGGCGUGGCUCAGCAGCGGGAUGACUUAAAGCAGCUGCUAGCUCAGAAGUCGGAAGAACUUGAACGUUCGAACAAGCAGCUUAGUGCUUUGGAAGCGUCUGUGAAAGAAAAGCUCUUGCAAGUGGAGAGCAUCCAGAAGUCCUCGGUUGAAAAGCAGGAAGCCCUGAAAGCUACUAUUCUAGGGAUGGAAAUUGGAGCAUGCUCGAAGCAAGAGGAAAUAAAUUCCUGCAAGACUUUACUUCAAGAAUCGUGUGCCAGGGAGAAGAAGUUGGCUGCGGAGUUAAACGUUCUGAGACGAAAAUGUGCCGAAACACUUGAAGAGAAACAGCUGCUGGAGGAGUCUAAGAGACACGCAUGGCUGGAGUUGGAACGGGAAGCCGCAAGAUUAAAGGAGUUCGAGGCGAGUGAAACUCGUUUAACAGCCUCUUUGAUCACCAUGGAAGAGAAAAACAACAGGCUUCAGAAAGAGCUGUCUUCUGCAACGGAAGAUCUUACAAGAAUCCUUGCGCUUCAAUCGGAAAAUUUUGCGAAGAAGUUGGCGACUUUGACAGAUGUGGAUAUGUUGUUAGCAUCACUUCAGCAGCUCCUUUGGCUUGACAGGGAUACCAAGGUGUUUUCAAAGAAACCAUCAAGCUGGGAUGAUCACGAAGACAAGGUUCGUCUUUUUAAACCAGCUUCAAUGAACACGUCAGAAAUGUUCAAGACAGGCUUCGAGCUCAUGAAAGGUGCUCAAGAUAUUGAGCUUGCUGUUAUUCUUGAGAGCGCGUCCAUCAUUAAGCAGCUUUUACAUGAAAUUCUAACGGAAAUCGCAUCUCGGAGAAAGGAAACGACAGAAGCUUUAGAGACAAAGGAGCAGGAUUUGCUUUCAUAUCAGCUGGAAAUAUCCUCCAAAGAUCGAGAAAUCGAGUCGCUGCGGCGUGAGAGUGACUUGAAAUUCAAGCAGCUCGAAGAACUUACAGACCGAGUUGAAGAACUCGAGACUCUGAUAGAGCAGAAUCACUUGGCAAUGGACAACAUGGAAACGUCACGCAACAAGGCUGUUGGAAAGCUCACAUUUACUGUGAACAAGUUCAAGGAACUGCAACAGCAGUGCGAAGCGAUGCUUGCUGAGAUUGAAAGACUUCAGAUGAAUCUGGACAGCCGCCAUGCUGAACAUACUGCUCUUAAUCAGAAAGUCGAAAUUCUUCAAAACGACUUGAAGCAGAGAACCGAAAACUCGAUGCAGUUGGAAAGAAGUCUGAAAGCUUUGACUGCAAAGGCUGCUGUUGGACAACGAGGGGAGCAGCUACUAUCCGAACCGAAAGAAAUUGUUGAUUUGCUAGAUGCUCAAGUUCAACGGUUACUGCAUGAAAACGAGAACCUUCAACUUAGCAUCAAGACAAAGGAUUCGGAGUUGCAAAAAUUGAAAGACAAGUUUUUGCCGGUACCUUCCGUGAGCGAGAUCGAGGAGCUGGAACAACCAAAGCAUAUGACUGUACCGAGUGCUCCACAUAUACGAGCACAGAAGAAAAUGGUCGUUGGAGACCAAGUUGCUAUAGAUAUGGAUGCCGGACAGACUAUGGAAAUUGAGGAGAAAGGAAACGCCUUUAAGUCUCUUGGAAUGAUACGGUUCCUUCCCAAAGCUAGCCAUCACAUUGGUGACCGGGUUGAUGAAUUAAGUAUUUCGGCUGGCAGACUUCUUAUGAGGCAGCCUGUUGCCCGGUUGUCACUUAUUGUGUACUGGAUCGCGAUCCACGUUUGGAUUGCAGCUACGGUUACUAUGGCGAAGAUAUAGUACGCUGUGCUGGAUCCAGUAUGUUACGCAACUCUUGCUCAGGCGUUCCGCGUUACAGUCGAACCGAUUCGCAAGGAGAACUAGCAAAGCACUUUCAGUCGUAAGAAGCAGCAAGUGGGAGAGGAAGAUCUUGGCCAUCGAUGGAAAUGGUCAGAGUUAUGCUGGAAGCGGCGAUAGCGAAGUGAGUGAUCAUGAGAAGAGCGCGGGGAUGGCCAAAAUGCAGUUAGUCAGUGGAGAAAUGAGAGGAGCCACAAAAGGGCAGGCAGUAGCCAUGAUGGAUGAGAGCUUAGCUAGCUGCGGUGUUGAAAGUCAGGUGAGGACAAUGUGGACAGGUCUUGGACGUACUUUGCAACUUACUACGGCCACAGCAGGGGUUCCGGGAGGGGGGAUUUUUUUUUCUCGCACGUCCGUUUUCCGUUCGAGCAGGGCAGGCUACUGCUUAAGCUACACAGGAAAGUCUGCUGGGUGGAAGAGCUCAAGGAUCAAGCAGGGCCAGUUUUUCGGGAUUCUUUUAAGUGAUCUAAAGAGAAGGGGAUGAGAAGCGACCAAAUGGCUUUUAGCUACUUGGACUUCUGUCGGCAGGCAGGCACGCUAAGUAGCUCUUAGCUUACGGAACAAAGUGGCUCAAGUUACGAUACGUGUUCACGUCACGUGCACCAACAGUGGAAACUCUUCACAGGUUUUUUAAGUCCAGGAGUUCGUCAACGGUCGUCUGCGGUCCUUGACUUCCGGGAGCUUGGAUUUGCUCAAGAGAUCUUGGGGGGCACCUCUGUAGAUAGCUCAGAUUGGCAGGCAGGGUAAGGCAAGGCCGAGGAAAAAUAUACUAUACUUACAGACAAGGAGGAAGAACAGCGGAAGUAAUAAAAAGGGGAGGAGAGAAGAACUAAAAACUUUGGGGGAGUGCUCAGAGAACUAUACAACACGACCAGACAGUGUGGCUCAGGUUGCACUUUCUUUGCUUGCGAAACCCGGGUCUAAAGCCGACAUGAUUCAGGAUGCUUUUCGCGUGCUCCAUGGUUCCAGUUUGUUUGUUGCACAAAAGCAAGCCUGGUGAUUUUUGGGGACGAGAGUUUAUUCGGUUUGUGUCAGUGCAAGUGCAAUGGGGUGGAUUGAAAGUUAGAGCUCUCAGUUGCCAUGAUUGCGAAGCUACGCUACUUUACUUGCUCGUUGGACUCUUCAUCUCCACAGAGAACAAGACGAAGCAAGCAAUCGAGAACACCAGUUAAUACUAAGUUGAGUUACGAGCUAGCUACUCGGCUCAUUUCCACACUCCAACAAGAGGCAGGCAGGCAGGCAGGCAAGCAAGCUUGAGAAUUAGUGUAGAGCCAGGCAGCUACUUACAGGGCGAGCAGCACUUUUUUGCUUUUCUCACUUUUCUAGCUCUACACACGGGGGCUUUGCAUCGGUGGUGGGGUUCUAAACAGGAAGUGAAGAGAAGAGGUCUCCUCCAAAGGCACACGCGACUCUCUGAAUAAAUAUGAAUGGCGAGCGGGGAAAAGAGCGAGAAGAACGUACCGGCAGCAAAAGUAUAUAGCUACGUGCACGCAUCACGACCUUCAAUCAUAUCCUGUCUUCCGAAUCGACUACCACGACUAGUACAACACCUCCGCCUUCGUCUCCUCCAGUGUUAUCUCGAGGUGGCUCGAGCUCUCUUCCUUGGACACUUACUCAAUGGAGCUUACGCCACCGGUUAAAAGCUCGACUCCUCUCGUAAGAGCAUGCAUUGCAUUGCAUGGCAGCAAACAAAGCACACAGCAGCACUUGGAGCGCUCUACUUUGUGGAGUCAGAGGCCAGUGUGCGAGCAGGAAAGAAAGAACGAAAGACGAGUAGUAGUGUAGCAGUCGCAGAGCUAUGAUAGCGAGGUCUUCUCCUCGCUCGAGCUAGGCCGGUCCGACUUGAGCUCUCGAGACCGACGAGCGACACAUUACCAGAAGCUAAACUAGGAGGACGAACUGUGUUGUGCAACUUGGAGCAAGGGAUAAUUGUCGUCGUCGAAAUGCUGCUACUUGUUGCUGUCUAGGACAUGGCGGUGGAGGAGUAGAGCUUUGAAUUUGGCUGCUGCUCUUACAAUUUAUGGCUCGACAGACAUCUUUUCUUCUCAUCUCCCGCGGGAUGAGAGAUUGAGAGGAGAAUAGAAAGAAACGAUGAAGAGCUGGCUCUCGCCAAGUCGCAAAUCUGAUAGAAGAUAUCUCGCGCUGUGAAACUAUGCCGUAAGUUUUGACGUCGCCAUCGCCAUGAGAGCUCCCCUUUCAAAUUUUCCCUAUUGGAUACGAUGAUGUGUCGCUGGCUAUGGAGAAUAAAGGAAUGAUUCUGCU